AUGGCAGAUCAGAUCGAGGCAAUCCCCGGGACGGUCCACUUGGUCGACGCCCAGGGAAGUAUGGACUCACAGCACGCCAAAGGAGCAGAACACGACAUUGUUCUUGUGCCAGCUCCGUCAGCUCAUCCGGAUGAUCCGCUGAACUGGUCGCCGAGGAGGAAAUACCUCUCUGCGUUUUGCAUGGCAGCAUAUGUGCUUGUCAUUGGCAUCUGCUCUUCUGCACUGUAUUCGACUCUAGGACCGCUGUCGGAGUCUACUGGUCUAAGCUAUAGUGAUUUGAAUUCUGGUACAGGCUAUAUGUUCCUCUUCUUCGGCUGGGGAUGUAUCAUCUGGCAAGCCAUCGCCAUCCAGUACGGCAAGCGACCCGUUUACUUGUUGACGACACUAGGUACCUUGGGCGUCAUGGUCUGGCAGCCUCACGUGCGAUCAAAUGGAGAAUGGAUCGCGACCAAGAUCUUGCAGGGCAUAUUCGGUGCGCCUAUUGAGUCUUUGGCGGAGAUUACCGUCUCAGACGUCUUCUUUACCCACGAGCGGGGCAAGUUCAUCGCCCUGUAUGCUCUCGCACUCGGUUACAGCAACGGCAUCGCGCCGCUUAUCAUGGGUUUCAUCAAUGAUGGGCAGGGAUACCAAUGGUACUGGUGCGCCAUCUUUUGCGCCGUCCUGCUACUGAUCAUCUUCUUCUUUAUGGAGGAGACCAAGUUCGAUCGAGCGAAGUACAUGGCAAGUAACCACAUCGAAGGACAGACUGUAUCAAGCGCUAAUCAGAACUCGACUGAGCGCGACACAAAAGACGGUCUCGAUACGAAGCACGACGCCGAGCAGGAUCAAGUUGCGACUACCACUCUUACCAAUGUCACCGCACCCAACGAGACCUUUGAUCCCGACAACACCGAGUUCAACAAGAAAUCCCGCAUCUCCCGUCUCAAACCGAUCGAGCGCAAGAACAUGAAGGGUGAGAAUAGGCUCAUAAAGCUUAUUAGCCGACCGAUUCUCCUCCUCGCGUUUCCCAUCAUCUCAUAUGCUGGUUUCAUCUACGGUUGCAACAUCGUCUGGCUGUCUGUCCUGAACGCGACUGAGUCUAUGGUUCUCUGCAUCUACACUGGAAUCUUUGGCGACAAGUUCAUCAUCCAGAUGGCGCGACGAAAUGGGGGCUUCAUGGAGGCUGAGCACCGACUCUGGCUAUUCGUUCCGUCUCUCAUCCUCAUUCCCUUCGGAUGUAUCUUGUUCGGCGUCGGAGCUUACUACGAGGCGCAUUGGUUCUCAAUCGUAUUUGCCAUGGGUGUCAUCUCGUUCACCACCACAGCUGGUUCGCAGAUCUCCAUUGCGUACUGCAUCGAUUGCUAUCGCGAUCUCGCAAGUGAAGCCUUGGCCACUGCGAUCAUUAUUCGAAAUACGAUGGCGUUCGGUAUUGGGUAUGGUGUUACUCCUUGGGUUGUCAACCUUGGCUAUCAGAAUGCUUUCAUCCUUGGUGCGUUCGCGGGUCUGGCACAUAAUCUGACCAUCUUCCCUGUCAUGAAAUGGGGACGGGCGUUGCGACAGCGGAGUGCGGAGAAGUAUUGGAACACUGUCAAGGAGGGAGCGGAUCUGGACCUAAAUCAUUGA